UGUCGACCGUACUGCACCUGUUUUGUUGUUUAAGCACUUAACAAUGUACUGUAGAAGGAUGUGAAACUUGUAGAGGAAUUAAGAUACUUUUUGAAGUUAAUAUUGUAAAGUUUUAUUCUUUUUUUAUUUUUAUUUAUUAUUUUUUAUUUUAUGGCUGAGUGGGUUGAUCGAUUGUUGCUUACCUACUUUUGAUGGAAUUUCUGCUGCUACCGUCGUACAUUCUUUUCGCUAUUGACAUAUCUGGUUCAAUUGCGGUUUGCUAAACCCAUGUACCCGGUUUUCGGUAUUAAUUUCUUGUUUUCAUAUUAAUAAAAACCUUUUCUGAGAGUUUAGAACACUUUUCUACUCUGUUUAUCAGGUUCUGUUCGUUUAUUCCCGCGUCAGUUAAUUCCACAUUCAUUCCCUACUUUUUAUAUCUUGAUUCGUUAUCAUACACAAGAGAGAUAGAAUAAUGGCUUUCCGGUCUCCUCUUCGCCGAUUUGACUUCUUUCAAAAGACCGUAGAAGACGCUCGUAUCAAAACUGCCAGUGGUGGUCUUAUUACGCUGCUAUCCUCAGGUAUCAUUCUUAUUGUCAUCCUUUUAGAAUGGAUUCAGUACCGUAAGGUGGUCGUUGUUCCAGAAAUUGUCGUAAAUCCGUCGCACGGUGAACGUAUGGAAAUCAACUUCAACGUCACAUUUCCAAAGAUUCCUUGCCAGCUUUUGGGCGUGGAUGUUUUAGAUAUUAGCGGAGAAUUCCAACAAGAUGUCCAACAUUCGGUCUCUAAAACCAGGUUGUCUCCUGACGGAGAAGUUAUUUCUGUAGACGAUUUGCAGCCGAAUAGUCCGGAGAACGAAGAUGAUCCUCUAAAUAGUACUCCAGAAGAACAAAAAUGUGGUGAUUGUUACGGAGCUGCCGCUUUUUCCUCUUCUGAAACUCCUGGGUGUUGUAAUACGUGUAACGCUGUACGCGAAGCAUAUGGUCGAGCUAAUUGGGCUAUUGGUGAUGUUGAUGCAUUCAAACAAUGCCAAGAAGAGAAUUACAAAGAAAAUUACGAAUCUCAAAAAGUAGAGGGCUGUAAUCUGGCAGGUCAAUUAUUCGUAAACCGUAUGGCCGGUAACUUUCACAUUGCCCCUGGUCGUUCGUCCCAAAAAGGUAUGCAUCAUGUACACGAUACGAAUGACUUCUCCCGAGAAAAGGACUUGCAUGAUAUGAGCCAUAUAAUUCAUGAAUUAAGCUUUGGCCCUCCUCUUGAUCCUUCUAUCGCUACAAAAAAUCCUUUAGACAAUAUGGUAAAAAAAAUCAACAGCCCUGACUACAGAUACGAGUAUUUUAUUAAAUGCGUGUCUCAUCAGUUUGUCUUUUUAAAAUCAAAUAUGGAAACCAUUGAUACAAAUCGCUACGCCGUGACAGAGCAUGAACGACCAAUUCAUGGCGGCCGAGAAGAGAAGGUUCCCUCUCACAUUAAUGUAAGAGGUGGCGUUCCUGGUGUUUGGUUCCACAUCGAUAUUAGUCCAAUGCGAGUUAUUCACCGUCAGUUCCGAGGAAAUACCCUAGGCGGAUUUCUGACAAAUGUUCUCUCUCUUUUAGGUGGAUGUGUUACUUUAGCAACCUUUAUUGACCGUGGUUACUAUGAAUCCAAAAAGAUGAAAAAAACAUGAGUGAUUCGUACUUACAAACCGAAAGCUGGGACCGAAAAGAGUUCCUCAAUGUAGAAAUUUAAAGGACUUAAUAUGUCUCGAACGCUAUUGUUUAUUUUCCCCUUGGGAAGAGGAAUCAAUGUCUUCUGCAUAUUACAUGCUAUUUUAAAAUUCUCCUUUAUUCCUCCCAUAGAGAUUUACUUACAUACUCACUAACUAGGAAGCACUUGGUGAGAUGCUGUAAAUAGAAAUUUAAACGACAUAUACAUGUCUCUAGACAUUCUAUCAUGAGUAUGAGUUGAAUGAAAUAUAAAUUAUGAAACCGUA